CCGCGGGGGCUGCUGCUUCUGCUCGGUGUCUGCAGUGCUCUUUCCCUGGAAAUUAAAGCCAGUUCUAAAGUGCAAGCUUUCACUGGUGAACAAGCAUUGUUGAAGUGUUCAUUCACAUCCAGUUCUCCCAUCACUGAGAGCCUGACAGUAGACUGGACAUACCGACCCCUCACGAGUGGUCACAUGGAGACAAUUUUUCAUUAUCAAUCUGUGGCCUACCCAACAACAGUGGGAAAGUUCAAAGACAGAAUAUCUUGGAUUGGGAAUGUUGCCAAGGGUGAUGCUUCCAUUGCUAUCCAAAGCCUAGUGAUGAGUGAUAACGGGACCUUCAUCUGCAGCGUGAAGAAUCCUCCGGACGUGUACCACAACAUUCCCCAGACAGUAUUGAUAGUUACGGAGAGGGGUCUUUCCUUCCAGCUAACUUCAGCAAUGCUGUUGUCCAUAUUAGUAUUUCUUCCCUCCAUAAUUGUGGUCAUUCUGCUGUUGGUGAGGAUGGGAAGGAAAUUUGGAGUGCUGAGGUCGAAGAAAAAAUCUGGCUGCAAGAAAUCCUCCAUUGAAGUGUCUGAUGAGCCUGAACACGCAGAGAUGGACAGCUGCUUGGGGAGCCUCAGAAUCUGGUGCUGGAAGUGUGUGGACACGGAUGAGGAAGAGCCAUACUGAUGAGUGACC